AGUCGACGCUAGACCGCGGGACGAGCUGGUCGCGCGCGCUCCUGCAUCGUUGUAACAGGCAGAGAUAUUCAAACUCGAACGCGCUUCCCGUUCGAUUUUUGCGAUACGUAAAUCACGCAGACGCAUACGAGUACAGACGCUUAAAAUAGGAAUUGCGCAUUCGCUCAUGUUCAUGAUCGGAGUAAUAAAAGCUCGUGUAAUGCAUGCGAUAACGAGCGAAAGAGGAAACUCAGCCGAUCUUCUUCCAUAAGUCUUGCAUAACGCCCCUGUCAGUGCGGAAAAUUCAAAUCGGCCAGCCGCGCGCGAUUAUUAUAAUGAAUUGAUAAUAGUGUGCAUAUAGUCCCCUCGGAGCAUGCGCAAGCCGGCGCGCGUUACUCGCGAGAAAAAUCUAGUGGUACACGCACAGAUCGCUGCAGUCGGAGAAGAGGCGCCGAGCGGUGCGAUUGUUCGAUCGAACGGAGGCUGAUGUCAUUCCGAAGAGAACUGAUCGUGGGGUCGCGAUCGAGUAAAUUGACUGUGGACUAGUGAUUUUUGAUUGGACGUUUUCGAGUGCAGUGACGAUCUUUAUUUUACCUUUGUAUCCAGUUUUUCAAGUCGUUCGAUAAGAUACGGUCGAUCGCUGAGGAACGAAUUAAUCAACGGACGCGCUCAAUCGCGAAGCCGGAGAGAUCAUGCCAACCGUCCGAGCUCAAGCGGCCCGCGGGCAAAGCGGCCGCAGACUCUUCGCGAAAUCAAGUCCGCAGUUGAGUCUACAUCGAAGCUAUUAGAUGCGCGGAGAGGAUGUAGAAGCGCCAUGAGCAUUCAUAACCACGCGGGACAAUUCAAUCAGCCCUGGCUUCGAGCUCGUAACUGCACUGCUGUCGAAGAGUGAGAUUAAUAUUUACAUCGAAAUUAAAAUCGAGGAAGCGCGUAGGAGCAUGAAAAUAUCCGAGGCCUAAGUAAUAAACCUAAUACAUCGGCAACGGGGAAAAGUUAACAUACCGAAGAAAGAAAAAAAGAGUCUGUAACAUGCCGUGGAUUAAGUGCCUGGGCGGCGGAGGCGGCAAGACCAGCCGAUCGGGUAGUCGCAAGCCGCUGAGCGUCAGCCAACCGAUUCAUCUACUCGUCAAGAGCGAUUUCGAGCCGCAAUGUCACGUCUUCCGUACCAAACGACUACGUAAGCCGCGACCAUGUCAGCUGUGUCACCAGGCGGUGAUAAAACAGGCAUCCUGCUGUCGAGUCUGCAAGUACAUCUGUCACAAGGCCUGCGAAGAUAAGGGCGCGAGGUUUCGUGACACUUCGCAGCAGAUCCACAAACAAUGGCAGGCGGACCCGGCCAGAGCCUUUCCGACGGUCGCCACGACCGUCGUCGCCGGCCAACAACAACAACAACAGCAGCAGCAACAGCAACAGACGCUGCAGCAACAGCAGACGGCCUCGAUGACAGGUGACGCCGCUUCCUGCUCGCCGAACUCGACGCCGAGCCCCAGCCCGAGCCCGACCAAUAGUCAGAGUGUCACGUGGGGUUUUAUGUACGCCGACCAUUGGCCAGGUGUCGAGGGAGGACAUCGCAGGGGCAGGAUGUUGCAGACGGUGGCGAACGGGUACCAGAACGGCGGGAACCACGACUACUACGCGAUCUACAACUCGCACAAUGGCAGCUACGAGCCACAGCCAAAGAACACCAAUACGCUUGCGAGGAACAAACAGCAGCAGAUGCACACAUCGACGCCGAAUUACCGACCAGUCCCGCAGCAGCGCACACCGGGGGUCGGAGCCGACGCCUCAACGGUGGCCUCCUCUAAGAGCAGCAGCAACAGCAGCAGCAGCGGCACCAGCAGCGGCCGCGUCAGCGAGGUCAUGGAGCUCUGCUACGUCACCGAGAGGAUAAUAGCCCUCUACUACAGGGAGGACGCCCGUGCUGUCCUGGAACACGCGACGGCCCUGCUUCGCGGGAAACACGCCGAUAAUUACAUGAUCUUCAACCUGUCGUCGUCGUCGGGACGAGCGGGCGAGCCGAACACGCGGGAGGCGGGUUGGCCCCAGGGAUUGGCACCGAGUCUGGAACGACUCUGCGCCCUUUGCAAGGAGCUGGACUCCUGGCUGAACGCCGCUCCGAAUCGCGUGGUCGUUCUUCAUGCGAGAGGCUGCAAGGAACGCCUGGGCGUAGCCGUGUCGGCCUACAUGAACUACAGCAGCAUCUGCGGGGGCCGUGACCAGGCGCUCGACAGGUUCGCCAUGAGGCGAUUUCUCGACGACAAAAUCGGCCCACUUAACGUCCCCUCCCACAGAAGGUACAUCGACUACUUCAGCGGUCUGCUAGCGGGUUCUCUGCGCAUCAGCCCGUCACCCCUGUACCUCACGCACCUGACGGUCUUGGGCGUGCCGCUGUUCGAACCGACGGGCUGUCGAGCUUUCCUCAAAGUCUACGAGGGACUGACGCCGGUCUACACCUCGGACCUCUACUCCGUGACCAACGCCCGCGAAUUCACGGUCAACCUCGGCGGCCUCAGGCUCAGGGGCGACAUCCUCGUCAAGUGCUACCACAGGAUCUACUCGAACCAGGGCCGCGAGGUCAUGUUUUCGUUACAGUUUCACACGUGCGUGAUAACGGAGAACGUCGUCUCGUUUCCCCGCUCGGAACUCGACGCAGCUUGCGACGACCCGAGGUGUCCACCCGACAGCGUGGUCACCCUCUACUUCGCGAACGACCCGAGGCGCCUCGACGGCCCCGUGCCGGCGCCCACGCCAGCGGUGCCUCACGCCUCGGCGCACCACGACCCCAUACUCCACUGGGACAGCUACACGAACCUCGAUAUGAGCGAUGACGAAGGCCGCGAGACCCCGUUGUCGCCACCGCCAGCCUCAAACUCGUCCCUGCAGACGUCACCGCGAGGUCUGGGCUACACCUGCGGUCCGAUCGAUGGCUCGCUUUACGCGGUGGUCCAGCAGACCGGCGGCGGAGCCGGUAGCGUUGCCGCCCGCGGCUCGCCACUGACCGUGUCCAUGGACAGCGGCAUCAGUAGCGCACCACCCCAGAGACCCAGUCCGCCCGAGAUCCACGACGCCGACGCACAAGCGCACGGCGACCUCGACAAGCUGCUGCAGGAUAUGAUGCUCACUGUUGAGUCUAUGCCAGAUCCUCCGAACGACGACUACAGCCGAUCUCUGCGCAACGGCCCGAGCAAGAUGUACAUUCAGGAAAGUCAGCCUCGCGGCUACACCAGUCAACCGAGCAACUCCUCGACCUACUCGACCCUCAAGGAUUCCUACCGCAGCUUCAACAGCAGCACCGCCAAAGAGUCCAGCCCGCCCUACAACUCCAGCAGCAACUACAGCACGCUCAAGCACAACUCCAGGCCGUCAUACGACCACGUGGACUACCAGAGAAGCUCACCCGACAGGAAGCAGCAGCACAGCGACUCCUCGUUCUCUCCCCCGGGUAACAUCGACUUCAUCGACGAGGACAUACCCUACCACGCGAGACAAACGAGUCAGCCUUUCUCAUACGGAGCCACUAACGAGAUGAUCAAGCAUCAGAAGCUCUCGUCGCCGUCGCUCGUCAGGAAGGCCUCCGUCCGAGGCACUGCUCCGGUAGUCGAUCUCGACGAGAUCCUCGGGGAGAGCAACGGUACUAACAACAGAAACGCCAGACCCAUCAGCCCGCUAGGCACCAACACGCCGGAUCCUCCGCCGGAAUUCGCAAAUGGACCUAGCACCAAAUCGCCGAAUAACGAUCAGGGAACCGACGGGAUGUCGUGGCUGAAGCAGCAGCAGUUGAAAUUGGCCGCGAGACGAGACGAGCGCAGUCCGGCGAAACUUUGGCGCCAGGAGACCGGCAACCGCAUGAUCGGCGAGCUGAGGAACGUGCAGAGGUCGAGACUGCGACACGACGGCUACGCCAGUGACUCUGCUGUGCUCGACGACGACGACGAUGUGUGGACGGUCAAUCCUAUGCAUGGACAGUCAAAUGGCCGACCAUCCAUGAACACAUCGGCCCCUGCGAGUCCUUUGCUUCCACAGCGCUCAGCUAGCCGGAAAUUAAACGGCAGCCUCGUCAACAGCAGUGCGAGCUUCAACCAGCACCAGAGCCGGCCCAGGGCCGAGAGCGUCAACGAACGACCCUUCGUCGCCGUCAAACGCGCCUACGAGAUCCGCAAGUACAACGACAGCCACAGCCCACCGCUGUCGGGAACCGCAACGCUGCUGCAUCAAAAGUACAACGGCACCAGCAACGGCACCGCGAACAGCAACACGCCUCCUCGGCCCGAGUCCCGCAGCGAUAGCUUUGCCCGCACCGAGUCGUUCCUGCGCGAGCACAGCCGACUACUAAGCAGCAGUCUGAGCAACCACAGCAACGGCGUCGUCAACCACGUGGCCUUCGACCUGGACAAGGAGGGCAGCGUCUCGUCGCGCUACCCCUCGAGGCCCGAGUCGCGCAACCAGUACUUCGGUCUCAGCAACGGCUUCGACAAAAAGGAGCCGGAGACCGGUACCACGAACGGAGGUCUCCUAGCCAUGGUGGACCAGCAGAACCAGCAGCAGCAGCAGCAACAGAAUAACCCGGCUGACCCUCUCGUGAGCCUCAUUCAGUCGCUGGCCGAGAUCAGACCGCUUUCGGGCUCGGUCGCAGCCAGUAACGACAAUACCACUACUAACAACGGCAUGGCCAAGCCCGAACCUUCGCUUCUACUUCACGCGCAACAGCAGCAACAGCAGGCCACCCUCAUAACAGUCGGCAGCAGUGCCAUUAACACGUUUACCAACACCCCUAACCAGUCGCCAAAAGCAUGGCAGAGUAGCAAUACACAGUCGCACAAUGACUCACCGUCAUCGUGGACCGAGAGGAGCGUCAGUCCAGGAAGCGUACAAGGCAUGAGCGGGGGUAGCGCGUCCCGACCCCAAACCCCGGCGUUCCCGGUUCACCCGCGCACCCCCUACGUCAACAACUCAUCGCCCACCGUCACCUUUGCCUCGGAUCGCCCGACCCAGCAUCAGCAUCAUCAGCAGCUCGCAGCCUCGAACAACAUGAACCACUCGGUCGUUGGCUACGUCAACAACAACAACGUCAGCAACAACGUCGAGGCGAACAACAAUAAUGCGAGCUACUCGGCUGACAGGGCGAUCUUCAUCGAAGAGCGCAGAGAGAUCAGAGAGACGGGUUUGCCACCCAAGAGUCCGACAACGCAGCGACGCUUGAGUUUUCCGGAUAGUGGCACUUUAAAUGAACCGCGUAACAAGCGAUGGCCACUCACUAAGCAGUCGGCGUCGUUCGACUAUAGCAAGGACCGGCCUGUCUCUCCGCUGGACGAACUGAUAAGUCACAACUCGUAUGGCCGAGGUCCUGGCACUCCUACCCACGUUGAUUAUGGGCACAGUCCAAAGAGCGCAGUUUCCUACACAUCGAUCAACAGCGCCGGCGGUCACUCAUCGCACAUUCAGUAUUACGGCUCCCGGCGAUCGAGCAUCCACUCCAACACCGAACCGCACGAGGUGGCCGACGCCAACGUCAAGUUCGUUCGCGAUACCAGCAAGAUCUGGUACAAACCCAACAUUUCGCGCGAACAAGCAAUCGCAAUGCUGCGCGACGCUGCGCCGGGCACGUUCGUCGUGCGCGACAGCAACUCCUUCCCAGGAGCUUUCGGUCUGGCCCUGAAAGUCGCCCAACCGCCCCCCGGAGCUCCGAGUAGUCCUAAGGAUCCAUCGAACGAGCUGGUCAGGCACUUCCUGAUCGAGCCAACGUCACGGGGAGUCAGACUAAAGGGCUGUGCCAACGAGCCCGUCUUCAGCUCGCUCUCGGCUCUGGUUUAUCAGCACAGCCUUAUGGCCAUGGCGUUACCCUGCCAACUGUUGCUCCCCGAACCCGAAGCCGCCGCCAGGGCCCUCGACUCGCCGGCUCACAAUAGUCCGCAGCAGCUACUCGCUCAAGGCGCUGCCUGCAACGUGCUAUACCUGUUCACGAUGGAUACCGAAUCGCUGACUGGACCUCAAGCCAUCAAGAAGACCAUUACGAUGCUGUUUGAUCAAAAACCCAGGCCCAGCGCUACCAUAGUGCACUUCAAGGUUUCGACGCAGGGCAUCACACUGACGGACAACGCUCGCAAGCUCUUCUUCCGCAGACACUACCCCACGAAUAACAUCAGCUACUGCGGCCUCGAUACCGAAGAACGCACCUGGGACUUUGUCAGCGGAGAGACUGGACGUGCUCUCAGCGAGCAUCGCUGCUUCGGAUUCGUUGCACGCAAACCCGCCCACAAGUCUGACAACCAGUGCCACAUAUUCGCGGAGCUGGAACCCGAGCAGCCGGCCACGGCUAUUGUCAACUUCGUCAACAAGGUCAUGAUGGGAAGCGCGCACGUCAAGGCCAACAUCGUCUGAGAAUGGCGUUAACGGCGAAUUUUAAAAUUAUAAUUACUCUGAAGCGUGUACCUUAGGACUACAGAGCAAAAUCUGAUUAGAUGAAAAAAACAAGCAGAGUCUUUAAAGGUGAUAGUACGAUGUUCACGUAAACAAAAAAAAAUAAGUAGAAAUUACAUAGCGGACUGUGGAUUCUAACUCUAAAGAAAAACAUGGUGGUUCUCAAAAUAUUCGUUGUUCUAUGACGCAUAAAGCAAAGUGUACGUUUUUUCGUAUAAAUGUCACUUUUUUGUCGAGUGUACCUGUUUCGUAAAUUUUACAAACGUUCCGAUUAGAUCGUCAAUUACAACUUUGUUAAAGUAUAUACAUUACGGAGGAGCCAAAAUUACAUUCGAAACAAGACUUGAAACAAAUUAUGCCCUACGUGUUCUAUUUAUGUCUUCAGAAGUAAUGAUAAUGCAAAGAAAGAAAUAAAUUCGUCGUUGUAACUAACUGUUUGUGCGCGUACGUAUAGUGAGACUACGCGUCGCGCAGAUGUAUGAUUUACAGGAGAAAAAAAGCAGCUGCGUAAUAUAUAUGUUUGUGUACUAUGGUUUGUAACUGUGGAAGCUAUACGGUAAACCUUACGAGAGUUUCAUUAGCCGCGCCGAGAGUCAUCGUAAUAUGCAUUACUAUGUAAACGCAAUGAAUAUAUAAUGUGUAGUUAUAUUUGUCGUUUUGUUUUGUCGAAACUACGAGAGAAGAUAAUGAAAUGUUUAUAACUGUAUAUAACACUCAAGCCUUAUGUAAGAAAGGUUGCGCCUAAAUCCGUUAAUCGGAUAAAAAUUGAAGCGACUGAAAAAUAUAGAGUCGGGAGAGAGCGUUUAAUUAAAAAGCGAUUACACGAUACGAGUAAUAAUAUAGCGAACGAAAUGAAAGGAGAGAAGAUCGAGGGGGUCUUACUGAAAACGAUUAUUUCGUGAAAUAUAAUACGAGAGAAACGAUUGCUUUUAACUUAAUUUGUAAAAUACUUAAAGAAUACACAUAGCGUCUGUAACGUGACAAAGCUGUAAAAUAAACAAUUUAAGUUGUGCCUUACAAAAUAAUAUAUUUACAAUUAAUAGAUUGUAUACCAUUUAAGUAAUUUAUAAUACUUUUAAUUUUGAAAUCAAAUUCUUAGUCAUAUCAAUUAAGAUUUUUUUAUAAUUAAAAGGUUUGAAUUACAUCUCUUAUUACUUAUAAGAUAAUUUUUAUUAACGGUCUUUUUUCUUGAAACAAUGGAGAGAAGAAAAAAGACGAUACCGUUGCGUUGAUAUAAAAGAGCCAGUUGCAAGUUUACGAUGUGAAUGCUAUCGGAGUAAUUUUCCAAGACCUAAAGAGAAAAGGAUAUACUAUACAUAUAUAUGUCUGACAGACGAAGCAUCACAAAUAUCUAAAGACGAUACCUCUAGACUCUUGCCAUUGUUAGAGCUCAAUCCUGUUAGAAACGACUUAGAAGUUACGAAAUUUGUUUUCAUCAUAUGAAAAGUAAAAGACGAAUCUCAAAAAUGUAACUCUUAUAAAAAAAAUGAUUAUCAGCAGUCAAUUAUAACGAGUAAAUAUAGGUACGACAAUACUUUUGACACGUUUUACCUUUCGCAACACAAGCGCUUGGUCAUUUAUUUUUUUAAUGCUUUGACAAAUCAUCGUUGCCAUCAUCAAUGUUUUUUGUAGCAAUAUGCGUCUAUUUUUCAGCCGAUGAUUCAUCAUGCUAUGUGCGUACUAGUCAAAAUUCGAGCAAUAAUAACGUCCGGUCGUUUUUACUUGUAACAUAUGAUGUUUUACGUAAAUAAUAUAUAGUUUUACGGCGUAUAAAUCCCGCAAGAAGAAAACGAAAUUGUCGAGAGAAAUUAUGGCGGUUCGCACGAUCAGAUUUAUAUCGUUGUAACAUUUUUCGCCAGUCCAUGUAUUACUAACAUAAUUUGAUUGUAUUUUUGUGUAAUUUAAUUUCAGUCAUUAUUGUAAUUAUUAAUUAUGUACGCUUUUACGAUAUAUGUUUGUGCCACGAGUUUAUUGUCGUACACGAGUAUAAGUACUACAUAAUUCCAUGUAUAACAAUAAAGUAUAUUCAGUGCACAAUACAUCAAA